AUGGCUUUGGUGCAAUACUCUGACUCGGAAUCGGACUCGGAGAAGGAAGCCCCUCCCAGGAAACUCAACAAACCAAGCCAAGAGGCCCCAGGUCGUAACCCAGCCUCAUUGCUCCCGCCGUUGCCUGCAUCAUUCCACGACCUUUAUGCUUCUAGCGUCAAGGUCAGUGUCAGAGACGAUCCGAGCCUUCAUGGCGGCCGAAAGAGAGCGAUUCCUCAUAUUGAGGGCAACUGGCCUACUCAUAUAUAUCUAGAAUUCUACUCACUAAGAAGUGCAGGGUAUCCGUCAAAAGAUGAACUCGAGGUUCUGGGCAAUGUAAUCAUUGAAGCUAAGCAUGUACUCCAAGGGGAGCAAGCGAAACUCCAUAGCUUCUUACAUAGUGAUCUUGGCGCACGACUUCCCCUUCACAUCAGCCUUUCGCGACCGGUGGUCCUUAGAACCGAUGAGAGGCAGCUAUUUAUGGACACUUUCGAAGCUGCGCUGAAAGACUCUGAUAUCUUGCCGUUCGUGCCAUCUCUUGGGCCCUAUGAUGCAAACUAA